AUGAGAACAUGUAUAGACUAUAGAGAAUUGAACCGAGUGACCAUAAAGAAUAAAUAUUCGUUGCCCCGCAUAGAAGAUUUAUUUGAUCAGUUGCAAGGUGCUCAGGUAUUCUCCAAGAUUGAUCUUAGAUCGGGGUAUCAUCAAUUGAAGAUCAAGGAGGAGGAUGUGCCUAAGACAGCUUUCAGGACCAGGUACAACCAUUAUGAAUUCUUGGUCAUGCCUUUUGGCCUAACCAACGCCCCAACGCACAGGAAAGUAAUAGCAUACGCUUCUUGGCAAUUGAAGACAUAUGAACAAAAUUACCCCAAACAUGAUUUGGAGUUAGCUGCUGUUGUCUUUGCACUUAAAAUCUGGAGGCAUUAUUUAUAUGGUGAAAGGUACGAAAUCUACACGGAUCACAAGAGUUUGAAGUACUUCUUCACUCAAAAGGAACUGAAUAUGAGGAAGCCAAUGGGACCAGUAGUUGCAACUCUUACCACUCAACCCUACCUAAUAAUGGACUUAGAAAGAGCUGCUAUUGAGGUUGUUACUGUUGACCAACAGGCAUUGAUAGCCAGUUUAAUAGUUCAACCAGUUUUGAUAGACAGAAUUAAGCUCACCCAAAAAGAAGAUUCUAAGUUAGCGAAAUUAAUAGAAGAAGAAGAAAAUGGGAAUAAACUCGAGUUCAGCAUCUCUGAAGAUGGAAUUUUAAGGUUCGGAAAUAGGUUAUGUCUGUCGUGCAAUGAUGAAAUAAAAAGACUCAUCCUCGAAGAAGUGCACUGUUCUCCUUACACAGUUCACCUAGGCCUACCACGGACAUUAACUAGUCAGGAUGCAAUAUGGGUAAUAAUGGACCGUUUGACGAAGACCACUCACUCUGUACCUAUCAAAGUUUCUUAUAAGCUAGAGAAACUAGCUGAACUGUACAUACAUGAGAUAGUGAGGUUGCAUGGGGUACCCGUGUCCAUUGUGUCGGAUAGGGAUCCUCGUUUUACUUCAAAAUUUUGGCAAAGCUUACAGGAGGCCAUGUGCACUAAGUUAAAUUUCAACACUGCAUUCCACCCACAGACGGAUGGUCAGUCGGAAAGGACCAUUCAAAUUUUGGAAGACAUGUUGAGGGCAUGUAUGCUGGAUUUCAAGGGAACCUAG